ACCACUACCGUUAACGGUUUUUUUCGUCCAUAGCCAAACUUUUCGUUUCCAAACUUUUAGUUUCGUUGUAAUUCCAGAUCUUAUUUAUUGAUAAAUUAUGGCUCUCUUACCACCAGACCCCUUAUUUAUACUUCGAAGUGACAUGGGGCUCAUUCAUAAUAUAGAGUUUGUAUUCGACGGGUUCAGUACAUCUCAUUUAUUAGCCGCCAAUGAAGAAGGUUACAUUUACUUAUGGGAUUUGAAGACAAAUAGGUCCACACGUAAAGAAAAACUCGGGGCUUCCAUUCAAGCAAUUCAUUAUGUACCGCCGUAUCUAAUUAGUCAAGAAAAGUCGGGCGCCAUUAAAUUAUGGCAUAUGGAAAUGACGGCAAACUGUACAUUGUUGAAAGAGUAUAUGUCCGACGGUGCCUAUUGCCGUAGCAUCGUUAUCAAUAAUACUCUAAUUGUUCCACAAGUAAAUAGUCAGGUGGAAGCGAUUAAUCUACAAACCUUUGAAAAGAUCAGAAUGUAUACCCCUUUACUCGCUUCUCCUUCAGAGAAAUUGGGGUACACCAUGGCCUUAGAGAAAGUGGAAAUUGGAGCUGCUGUGUAUGUUUUAGCAGGUUACGAGACUGGUGAUCUUAUUUUAUGGAAUUUUCUAACUGGGGAGCAGAAAGUACGUGCACUAUUCAAAGAGCACAUAAUGUCAAUUGCAUUUGAUUCUGUAACGGGGAAGGGGGUCUGUGGGAACUCUUCAAACUUGCUCCAAGUUUUUACUAUUGACAAAGACUUUAAGAUAAAAUUAAAGUGUGAGAUAUUAUUAUCGAGUGAAGGUUGUAGUGUUGUAAAAUUAAGGCAAGAUCGUAAAAUACUCGCUUGUGGAGGGUGGGACGGCCGUUUAAGAUUGUUUUCUUGGAGAAGUCUAAGGCCACUUGUUGUUUUACGUCAGCAUAAAAAUGCAAUAACCGAUGUCAUAUUUUCACCAAAAAUUGUACCUGAAUGGGAUUGUAGGCUUAUGUGUGCAUCGGGAGGAGAGGGCUUAAUCUCUUUAUGGAAUUUGUAUAACCAGUGAGAUAUGUAUUUAUUACAGGCAUU